AUGUCUUCUCCCAAUAAGUCACACUCCCCGUCCGCUGCCGCAGAUGCUGAGCAGCCAGAAGAGAAGCCGCGCCUUACCGAGGCGGAGAAGAAGCAGAAUCAUAUUGCGUCUGAACAAAAGCGACGACAGGCCAUUCGUGAGGGCUUCGAUCGCCUGACGGAGCUGGUGCCCGGCCUGGAGGGCCAGGGCCGCUCCGAGGGCCUCGUACUGAAGAAGACUGUGGAAUUUAUGAAAGAGCAGCUCAGACAGCGCCAGGAGUUGGUGGAUCGCAUCGAGAGCACCGGUGGUGAGGUCGACGAGAAGUACAAGCGGUGA